GUAUUGGCACAACUCCGAACUGGAAUGGCGAGGCUGAACGGCUUCCUGAGCAGGAUUGGAGCGGGCGAGUCAGACCUUUGUCCCUGCCGUCGAGCGAGGGAAACAGUAGAACAUUUUCUGUUGCGAUGCGUGAGCUGGGCAGCUCUGAGAGAAGGCAUGCUGCAAUGCACAGUGACAAGACGAGGGUGCCUCUCGUUCUAUCUAGGAGGGAAAGCACCAUCUGACCCGAAGGAGUGGUCGCCAGACAUCAAAGCAAUCCGGGCAACGAUUAAGUACUACGCCAUGGCGACAGGGAGACUGGAU